UUUGCAUUGCCAGGGAAUUAUAGUACAGAGCUGGGUUCUCAGGACUUAUGCUUAACAUUUAACUAAAUAUUGCAGAUACAGACUCCUGGAUAAAGGAACAUAUAAGCUUACUAUGGAUAAUCUACAAAGUUAGAAGCAGUUUGAAUAAUCUGGACCAAGUUUGGGAUGGCUGAGAGCGCACCCACAAUGGAUAACUCUGAUGAGGACCUCUAUAAUGUACCGGAUUACUCAACGCCCUACUGUGAGGAAGGAGAGAACAGUCCCCCAAGACCACAGUCUGACUAUGUUCCUCCUCCAGGAAAAGUAACGGUUCUCAAUGCUGGCCAGGAGACUGUUUCUCUUGGCUUUUCACUCCCUGAUAACUCUGUAAAGUACACACUGCAAUUAGAUUACUCCUGCAACACACAGAGUGGCAGUUUGGUCACAGAGGACUCCAGCACUGUGAAGGUUGAGGGACUGAAUCCUGGGACCGAGUAUACUUUCAGUAUCAUAAGGAUUGCACACAAUGGAAAACAAAGCAAAGCAACCUCCCUGUCCGUCUUCACAGAGCCCAGCCCUCCUGUGCAGAUUACAGUCUACCAGGUCGGCAGUGAGUCCCUGUGUCUGCGAUGGGACACCCCUGCUGGUGAAGUGGAGAGUUACAUCGUGACUUGUUGCAGUGAGGGAGACAUUGUGCAAGAGCUGACAACAGACACAGACAACCUGACUCUCAGCAACCUGAAUCCAGGAGUGUGUUACUCUCUCCAGGUGUCUGCACAACUUAGGAAUGGAAGAAAAAGCAAGCCAACUGUAACAACUGUCCACACAAUCUUUCUGUGUUCUGAUGGUUUUGUAAUGCAGGAAAUGGCCCUGAAAAUGUCCAUGUGUCAGUUUUCUGUGCCUCUAUUGCUUCCCAAUUGUGACACAAAGCAGUGCACACUCAUGCUUUGGGCCAUGCGAGACAUCGUUAAAAAGUACAGACCUCAGUCCCUUUUACAAUCCAAGGGCUUCAUUGAACAAAGAAUUGUUCUCUCUGAACUUCCAAUGAUAUCUUUUGUGAGACUGGGCGAGUGCUCCUUGUCCAAGUCAGAGAUCCUCAAUAAGCUUCUGAGCAAUUCCCAGCAGUACCACGAUACCUUUGUUCACCGUGAUAUGGAGUGUGGCGACAUCCCAAGGAAAAUAUCCAAUGGCCUGGCAGAAAUUACUUGGUACCUUCCAUGUGGGAACAAAAACAUGGAUGUUUUCAGUGAGCCAGUUGCUGUAACCAAUCUUCGUGGAGACAUUGCUUUGUUUGAAACACAAUUUUCUUUUUUGUGUCAGACAUCUGCAGCAGUUUUUGUGUUCUUUGACAAGUGCGACUCUAAAUGCGAGCUGCUUACCAACCAACACCACAAGGGACAGAUCUUCUUGGUGGGUAACCAUCAAAGCAAGCAUUUCAAUUUGAAUGCUCUAAAGAAAGUAGCAACCAAGUUGGGCCUAACUAACAGCAACAUCCUUUUGAAGGCUAAGCACAUGAAUGAUGCAGACUUUGUCAAAACCCUGCGCAAAACUGUCAGCAAUGUUGUUGAGAACACAAAGAUGAAGAUGGGAAUCGAGCAGAUGGCUAACAUCGCCCAUGAACUGGGAAUCUGGGUUGAUGAAGACUCUUCAGAGUGCCAGACUGCAAAGAAAAAUGCAGAUGCCAUCACUGCAGAAAUUCAAAAUAUCCUUCAAUACAAAGAAGCUCAGUUACCCUCGCAAGGCCAAAUAUGGAAAGAAUUGACUUGUUUAGAGAAGGAAGAAUUUCGGCUUCGAAAAGUUGGAUCUGAGGACAUAGAAAAAUACAAAAGUGAUCUUCAGGUACAGAAAACAAAACUUAGGGAAAAACAGAACUCUUAUGACAUGUCAAAUGCAAUGACAUGUUUCAUCAACGCAAUAUCAAGCCCAGGAAUAGAAAGAUGUUAUUUCCUGAAAUGGAUGCGAAUGAACCUUGAUAACGUGUCCCGAGAAAAACUCUCUGGUCUCAGGGAGCAGUACAAAGAAAAAUGCAAAGAUUCUGAGAACAAAGAGGAAAUCAAAGACAUUGACAAACAACUUUCCAACAGCUCACUGGGGACUGAACACUUCUUCCGGGAAAUGGGUCAGAUCUAUGAAGCUUCACUUUCCCUUCCAGAAACAGACCGAUCCCGUAAACAACUACAGCAUCUGCCCGAACUUUGUGCAGAAUUGUUACUUGAUGGAUUUCCUCUAGAGCUUGUAGAUGGAGAUGCAUCCAACAUACCUCUCCGAUGGGUGAGUGACGUUCUCUCUAAGCUCAAUGACUUGGUGUCUCCUAAGAACAAGAUACUGGUAGUCACAGUCCUUGGAGUUCAGAGCACAGGAAAGUCCACUCUCCUCAACACCAUGUUUGGAGUGCAGUUUGCAGUCAGCAGUGGACGAUGCACUCGAGGUGCCUUCAUGUUGCUCAUCAGAGUCAAUGAAGAUGUAAAAAAAGUGCUUAACUGUGACUUCAUAGUGAUCAUUGACACUGAGGGCUUGAAGUCACCAGAGCUUGCACAGCUGGACAAUAGCCAUGAGCACGACAAUGAGCUUGCAACACUUGUUGUGGGGCUGAGUGAUAUCACCAUCAUCAAUAUUGCCAUGGAGAAUUCAACAGAAAUGAAGGACAUCUUACAAAUUGUUGUGCAUGCUUUCCUCAGGAUGAAAGAGGUUGGCAAAAGGCCCAAAUGUCAGUUUGUUCACCAGAACGUGUCAGAUGUUUCAGCCCAUGAGAAGAACUUACGAGACAGGAAACUGCUCUUGCAACAGUUAAAUGAGAUGACCCAGGCAGCAGCCAAAAUGGAAAAGAAAGAGGAGAACAAGAGCUUUACCGAUGUGAUGGAGUACAGUCCAGACACUGGGAACUGGUACAUUCCUGGACUCUGGAAUGGAAACCCACCAAUGGCACCAGUCAAUGCAGGCUACAGUGAAGCUGUAUAUGAGCUCAAGAAGAACAUAAUCAAAAUUUUGGGAAGUUGUGAUUCAUCUGCUAAUGAUAUCUUGGAGUUUACAGAGUGGAUGAAAAGCCUGUGGAAUGCAGUAAAGCAUGAAAACUUCAUCUUCAGCUUCAGAAACAGCCUGGUGGCUGAUGCAUACAUGAGGCUGUGCACAGAAUUCAACAAAUGGGAAUGGGAAUUCAGAAAAGAAAUGUACACAUGGGUGACAAAAUCCGAAACAAGAAUUUCCAACUACGGUACAGUUGCUGUGAAAUCUGAGGUAUCUGACAUGAGAGAACUUCUCACACAUUUGAAAAGUGAAGCUUGCACAAUCCUGUCUAAAUGGGAGACAAAACUCCUUGACAAUUUGACACAGUACUUCAAGCAAACAGAUGGCCACGUCUAUCUAGUUGAACAAUACAGAGAGGACUUUGCAAACAGUGCAAAAAGCCUUCGGCAAGAAAUGGAGCGCUCUGUACUUAAUCAGCUCACGGCAGCAGCUGACAUCAGACAGGGAAUGACAGAACUUGAUAGAAUCAAGGAGAACCACACAAAAGAAUUAGAGGGGAGAGUAAGUGGACUGAUUGAACAUUGUCGGCAGAAAAAAGUCCAGAUGACAGACAAAGAGCUCGACAAAGAAUUUGAUAAGAUGUGGAAACAAAUGGUAAAUGAUCUAUCGUUUUCUAAACAAAAGGCCAAGGAUGUCAUCACAAGUGUGUCCCACCACCUGAGAGACAAUCUCUCACGUAAGGGAAGUCAUGCGUGUCAAUUAUUAAGUCAAAGAAGCAUGACAGAUUGUGGACAGGAGCCUUUUACAUACACAGCAGAAGGAUUUUACAAGAAGGUUAAACAUAAACUCAGCACGUUUUUCAACAUUGAAGAUCACGUAAUGGCUUUGCAAAAAACAGCUGAUCAUAUCGCAAUGGACUGUACACAGUUUGUGACUGAAAAAUUGGAAAAAAAGAACAAUUACCAUGAGACUUACAUCCAGGAGAUCCUACACAUGAUUGAUGAGAGGCUGCACAACAAUCAGGAUGUCACGAUAGAGAUUGAAUUUGAAGUUUCUCUGAAACAGUACAUCUGUGCAUUUGCAGCCAGAGAGUUUCAGAAAAUGCAUGAAGAGUUCAUACAAAUGAAUGAUCCCUACAGAUGUCUGAAUCAAAACAAAGAAAAGUUUUGUGCUGAUUUUAAAGAUGUGUUCCAUGACCGAGACCAGUGCCAGAAGAAGGCAGAAGAAUUCACCAACCGCUGCUUGGAGCCUGCAGUCGUAGACUUUGUCAACCGUUCCCUGGGUCCUGAUAUCAUCGGUGAAAUGCAGACCAGCCAACAGUUCAGCACACGCAUGUUCUUCCAGUAUUCAGUUUUAAUGGAUUUGCUCACAAAGGACGACUUUGAAAACUAUCAGAGCUAUAUUUGCUCAUAUGAGAAGUAUGUGAAGAAAUGGACACUUGACCAAAUAGUGGAACGCUUCUCAAAUCCGUCUACGGCCUUUAAGUUUGAGGAUCAACAUCUCCAGUCAAGUGUCAGAAGCAUAAAUAAUGCUACCAACAAAGCUAAAACCAAACAGAGCGGUGACUUGAAGACAUUCGUUAAAAAUGUCUGUCAGGAACUUGGUGAUAAACUGGUCAUUUCCCAGGAUGCUCUUGGUGCUUUCAUGAUCCUGAACAACGCAGACCAGGAACAGUUUGCUCACUGGCUCACACAGUGUGUGAAGGAGAUGGCAAACGCUCUUGGAGAGAAGUUUAAACACACUAACAUCCAAGUGAAACUAAAAAAACUUCACGUGAAUCCUCAGAACGAGCUUUUCACCAAACUGAUUGGAUGUGGUAAUCAGUGUCCAUUCUGCAAAGCGCCUUGUGAGGCAGGAGGAAGAUUCCACACUGAGCACUGGACUUCACUACAUCGGCCAGAGGGUCUGGGUAGAUAUAGAUUUUGUCUUACAAACAAACUUACAACUGACAUAUGCUCUUCCUCUGUGAUCACUGAAGCACAAUUUCAGUGUGAAGCUACAAACUGGACAUUUCACCCUUACAAGCGUUACAAAGAAAUUUUCAGCAACUGGAAAAUUCAACCGGAUGGAAGUCUGCAGGCAUCAGACUACUGGAAAUAUGUAAUGGCAAAAUUCAACAUACAGUUUGCCAAAGCAUAUAAUGCAAAGCCUGCGGAUAUUCCUUUAGCUUGGAAAAUUAUCACACGUAAGCAAGCAGAGGCAAGCAUCAACGAGUCAUUUAACAAUACAUGAGAGAGUGCAUGCUUUGUGAUUACUGAGGUGCACAUUAUUCUAAUUAGAUUCAUUCAUUCACAUUCUCACAUAGAUAUUUUUGAUCUUCCUUGUUUUAUAUGAUAAAGAAGAGAAUCACAAAUCAUAACAUUGUAUAUUAGUUGACACGGUUGAAGAUAUUGACAGUACAAAAA